AUGUAUUGUCAAGCCAUCGACAUUCGCGACUCACUGUUCCUUGAUGCCGCCUCAAUACAGGUUGAGCUGGCAAUGCACCUGAAGAAAUCUCAUAUACGAUUUCAGGAGCUAUCCCAGCUCUGCAUUUCGAUUGAUAAGGCGAGCCAAGCAGCAUGGCUCAUCAAAUCACACAGUGAUGCAAGGAAGCACCCAAUCAACUUUUUUCUGCUAGAAUUUGCUCGCCCCGAUCACCCUCGAGCAUCUCAGCUUCUUUCCUGCUGUGAACUUCAGGACCGUUUGAAGAAGAGUAGGAUGUUCAUGGAGAGGACCGCAGAAGCGCGACAAGCGUCCAACGCCUCGGUGCGAUUGGAAGGCGACCACGCCCAGGUAAAUAUACCUCAAGGAUGCUCAGGUCCUCGUGCAUUCCUCCCAACAGUUCCAUUGGGAUUGAAGAGCUCUGACUUUGGGAUACUCGACACAUUCAACCAAUCAACCCUGCAAAUUGAGAGUUUACUAUAUUCUGCAACGAUCACUCAAAUCUUGACCCGCUCCUUCUCCUUCGUAAUCGAGGCAAACCACAUGAAUCAAUACAGUGGUGCGAUGGACGGGUGGGAGCCGUUCUUCGAGGCGGAUAUUUCUUCGUCACCAGCCCAAACAUGGAUGUGGUAUAUGAGCCACCCCUUGGCAAAAAUCAAGCAAUGUUCCUUUGAUGCGACUUCCGUUACGCAGAUGACGACCCACUUCUCUGGCCCCAGCCAUACGUCAGCUCAGCCUGUCACCAUGGCGCAAUCCCGCGCAGGCCAGAACAUGAUGACUGAAGGGAUAUCUUGUGGUGGAAUCCUGACCAGACAGAUCUGUCAGGGGCUCUCUUGUCUUGAACGACUACCAAUGGAUUUCACACAACUCAAAUUCUGUGUGGCUGAAGUCCAACGAGCUUUUUUAGAAUUGACAGCUGGCCUCGACUAUCUUUAUAUCUACAAACCCCGAAUGGACGGGAUUCUACCGCCUGCCACCGAAACUGCGCAGACCAUUGGUGUAUUCACCAUGGAUUCGACUAUUCUGCAGGAGUUUACGAGGGCUGGGCUCCCUGUCUGGUUCAUGCGCCCUGCUCAUACCUUGCCAGGUGUUCGUGUCAAUUCAAUCGUCGAAACAAGGAAGCCAAAUGAAUUUCUCGAACUUCGUGAGGCCGAAACGAAGUUUGAUACUGUUUUUUGCGGUUCAGCCGAUGAUCCAAAAAAACGCAGGGCAAUAGUGCAAUACUUUACCCUCCCCGGGUUAUUCCAUAUGGACUGGAUGGAAUCCAUACUUCCCCCAGGUGGAUUCCAUGGAAUGGCUGAUGGAUUCCAUGGAAUGGUUGAUGGAAUCCAUACUUUUUCCAGAUGGAAUCCAUACUUUGGUUGA